UCCUCUUUAAUCCAUUUAUUAAUCAUGAAGGGUUCGUCGAGAGGCAACAAGGUGUUCUCCGAAGACACCAGUGGACAGAAGUUCGGCCGGUUGAAGAAUUGCUCCGACGUUGAAGACGGCAGCCCUAGUCCUCCGAGUUACGACGCGGAUUUAGGCGGAGAAGGGUCUCCCUCCCCAUAUAGCAAGUCUCCUUGGUCCACGCACAUGCACAGCAGUAAUGCUUCUCCCGAUGCGGUCAGGGAGACCAAUUACUCCCCCAACGUCCUUAUGGGCUCACUCGUCCGCGAGGAAGGCCAUAUAUAUUCCCUCGCCGCCUCGGGAGAUUUGUUGUACACCGGUUCCGACAGCAAGAACAUUAGAAUCUGGAAGAAACAGAAUGAAUUCUCCGGGUUCAAGUCCAACUCCGGUUUGGUGAAGGCGAUCAUAAUUGCCAAUGAGAAAAUAUUCACUGGUCACCAAGAUGGGAAGAUUAGGGUAUGGAGAGUGUCAUCCAAGAACCCUAGCAUGCAUAAACGAGUCGGGACCCUUCCGACUAUGAAAAAUUUCAUAAAGUGCUCCAUGAAGCCGAGUAGCUACGUCGAGGUGCGACGGCAUAGCCAAAAGGUUUUGUGGAUCAAGCAUUUUGACGCCAUUUCGUGCUUGAGUUUGAGCGAAGAUAAGACCUUGCUGUACUCGGCAUCGUGGGAUAAGACGUUUAAGGUGUGGAGAGCCUCGGAUUUCAAGUGUUUGGAGUCCAUCAACGCUCACGACGACGCCGUUAACGCGCUGGUGGUGGGGUUUGAUGGUUUAGUUUUCACCGGUUCGGCUGACGGAACAGUCAAGAUAUGGAGGAAGGAGCUUCAAGGGAAAGGAACGAAGCAUUUCUUCUCCCAGACGCUGUUAAAACAGGAGUGCGCAGUUACGGCGCUGGCGGUGAACCCUGAGGCCACAAUUAUAUACUGUGGAUCGUCGGAUGGUCUGGUUAAUUUCUGGGAGCGGGAAAAGAAUCUCCAACACGGCGGUGUUUUGAGAGGGCACAAGUUGGCGGUUCUAUGCUUAGCGGCGGCCGGGUGCUUGGUGUUUAGUGGCUCGGCGGAUAUGGGGAUAUGCGUGUGGAGAAGGUCGGAGGGGGAUCACAUUUGCUUAUCUGUGCUGACGGGGCACACCGGGCCGGUGAAGUGUUUGGCGGUGGAGAAGGACCAGGAGGCUACUUCAGCGGAGACGCGGUGGAUUGUGUAUUCUGGGAGUUUGGACAAAUCGGUGAAGAUGUGGAGGGUUUCGGAGCAAGCACCGCCGAUGGUGCCAAACCAGAAGCACCAGCAUUACACAUCGGACGGGUACUGCGUGCCGAUGUUGAGCUCAGCCCCUAGCUUCGCCUCGCGCAGUAGCUUCACCUCUCGCGGUGGAAAAAUGGGUUCCAGAAGACUUUAG